AUGGAGUUGGGCACUUUCGUGCUGGUCUCCGCGGAGAGGUUUUUGUUGGAGUUGGUUUUUUUGCCUUUUUCCGAGGUGGCUUUGGCGACGACGCUGGGCGGCUUCUUGAAGACGACGCUGGACGGCUUCUUGAAGACGACGGUGUUGCGCAGCUGUGUUGCUGACGUCCAGUCGACGUCCAGAAGCCCGGACGUCGACAGCUCUACCGAGCGCAAGUCCCCAACUGCGCCAGCCGCUGACAGUCUGUCAAUACACGCUCACUCGCAGAUCUCGCUGUGGUUCCUCUUCUCGCACGCCACCGAGCCAGUGCGCUCCUCUAAUCGGUUCACGUGUUUCCGGCACUUCUACAUCUACUUCUACUUCUACUUCUACUUCUACUUCUACUUCUACUUCUACUUCUACUUCUACUUCUACUUCUACUUCUACUUCUACUUCUACUUCUACUUCUACAGCUACGGCUCAUUUGGGCGUUGGCAUUGA